GGCGGAGCGCCCGCGGGCGGCGGUCCUCGGCCUCCCGGGUCUGCGCGCCGGGAAGCGGCUCGGAGCGGGGGUGUUGUUGCUAAUGAGCUCUCUCUCCUCCCCUCUUAACAAUGAAAGACAAGCCAGCCCCGGGUACCUGGAUGCAUUGAGAGCGGAAGUGUGAGAAACUUCAUAAUAAGUUGCCGAUGGCUACCAGCCAAGGCCGGAGGGUUGUUUUGCUGUUGUGCUGAGCCCAUCACACAUUAAGGGUCCUUUAAAGAACCUGGAUUGAUUGGAGGGACAAAAAUUAGAAGCAAUCUGAUCCCGCCUCAUGCCGGAUCCCCGCGGAUUUGCUCCUUAUCCCAUUUCCAUCCGCUGUCACAAUUUGAGAGCCUGCCUGAUUUGAUCAGAUUCACCUCCGGGAGAGGUGUAAUGCCAAGGUUAGGAGGACGCCAAGUUAUGGGCAACUUUUUGAUCUGCCCAUCAGCAGUCUGAGAAACGCCGGCUCUGGGUUUUCCGCAUCGGCCUUCGGGAAGAAACAGGUUCCUCGCCCUUUGCGACCCGGCAGUCGGUGCUCGAGUCCCCCGGGUCAUCCAGCCACCACUGCCUGGCAGAUGUGGCCCUUCCAUGCUGAGGCCGAGAGUCCCGCCUGACCCAGUCGCUGCCUCUCCAGCGCCCGUCCCGGCCACGCCCCUGCGGACUGCUCAGCCAUGCUGCCCCUGCUGGCUCUGUUCCUGCACUGCCUCCCACUGGCCUCUGGGGACUACGACAUCUGCAAAUCCUGGGUGACCACGGAUGAGGGCCCCACCUGGGAGUUCUAUGCCUGCCAGCCCAAGGUGAUGCGGCUAAAGGACUACGUCAAGGUGAAGGUGGAACCCUCAGGCAUCACGUGUGGAGACCCCCCUGAGAGAUUCUGCUCCCACGAGAACCCCUACCUGUGCAGCAACGAGUGUGACGCGUCCAACCCAGACCUGGCCCACCCGCCCCGGCUCAUGUUCGACAGGGAGGACGAGGGCCUGGCCACGUACUGGCAGAGCGUCCCCUGGAGCCGCUACCCGAGCCCCCUGGAAGCCAACAUCACCCUCUCGUGGAACAAGAGCGUGGAGCUGACGGACGACGUGGUGGUGACCUUCGAGUACGGCCGGCCCACGGCCAUGGUCCUCGAGAAGUCCCUGGACAAUGGGCGCACGUGGCACCCCUACCAGUUCUACGCCGAGGACUGCACGGAGGCCUUCGGCAUGGCCCCCCGCCGGGCCCGCGACCUGCCGGCGUCGGGCGCCCACCGCGUGCUGUGCACCGAGGAGUACUCGCGCUGGGCGGGCUCCAAGAAGGAGAAGCACGUGCGCUUCGAGGUGCGGGACCGGCUGGCCAUCUUCGCCGGCCCCGACAUGCGCAACAUGGGCAACCUCUACACGCGCCUGGAGAGCGCCAAGGGCCUCAAGGACUUCUUCACCCUCACGGACCUGCGCAUGAGGCUGCUGCGCCCGGCGCUGGGGGGCACCUACGUGCAGCGGGAGAACCUCUACAAGUACUUCUAUGCUAUCUCCAACAUCGAGGUCAUUGGCAGGUGCAAGUGCAACCUGCACGCCAGCCUGUGCUCCGUGCGCGAGGGCAGCCUGCAGUGUGAGUGUGAACACAACACCACGGGCCCCGACUGCGGCAAGUGCAAGAGGAACUUCCGCACGCGGUCCUGGCGCGCCGGCUCCUACCUGCCGCUGCCCCACGGCUCUCCCAACGCGUGUGCCGCCGCAGGCUCUGCUGUUGGCAGCAUCGGUAGGCCCCGGAAGGACCCCAUCCCCAAAGCCCCUGUGGCCACCGUGGCCAUGAGAGGGGCCCCCAGCACUCUUGCCCUCUCCACAUCCGCUGCGCGGGGCCCCGGGGCCCCCAGCACCCCACAGCCCGCAGAGUGGAUCAGGCCAUCUACAGCUGCCCCCCUCGGGGAGAGCUCCCCCGGGCCCCAGAUGCCCUCCAGUGCAGAAGUUGUGGGCACCUUUGCUGCUGCCCCCGCCCCUGCCCCGGCCUCCAGACCUUUCCAGCUCAAGCCCAAAUCUGCUGAAGUGGUGCCCAUUGAAGAAUUCCAAGACUGUGAGUGUUACGGCCACUCCAACCGCUGCAGCUACAUCGACUUCCUGAACGUGGUGACGUGUGUCAGCUGCAAACACAACACGCGAGGCCAGCACUGCCAGCACUGCCGCCUGGGCUACUAUCGCAACGGCUCCGCCGAGCUGGACGACGAGAACGUGUGCAUCGAGUGUAACUGCAACCAGAUCGGCUCCGUGCACGACCGGUGCAACGAGACCGGCUUCUGCGAGUGCCGCGAGGGCGCAGCGGGACCCAAGUGCGACGACUGCCUCCCGACGCACUAUUGGCGCCAGGGCUGCUACCCCAACGUGUGUGACGAUGACCAGCUGCUCUGCCAGAACGGCGGCACCUGCCUGCAGAACCAGCGCUGCGCCUGCCCGCGCGGCUACACCGGCGUGCGCUGCGAGCAGCCCCGCUGCGACCCCGCCGCGGAGGACGGCGGCCUGGACUGCGACCGCGCGCCCGGGACCGCCCCGCGCCCCGCCACCCUGCUCGGCUGCCUGCUGCUGCUGGGGCUGGCCGCCCGCCUGGGCUGCUGAGCCCGGCCCGGAGGGGACCCUGCGCCCGGGGGGCGGCCCUGGGGGGGCUCGAGGGCCCGGGGGCCGGCGCCCGAGGCCGGGCGGCGAGAAGGGUGCGGCCCGAGCUGCUCCCAGGUGCUACACAGCAGAGCCCUCCCGCCUCCUCCCGCCGCGGUCAGUGGCACCUGCCCCCGCCCCGGCACUGCCCUCCGCCGCCGCAGGGGGCGCUGUGGGGGCUCUGGCCCCAGCCGCCUGCGAUUUGGGUCUUAGGUUUUCUUUUGUAUCACCCGCCGCCCCCCCCCCUUUUUUUUUUUUUUUUUUUUUUUUUUUUUUUUGCUGGUGGUGAGACAGCGGGUGGGGAGAAAUUCUCACCUCAACACCUCCAGGUCUGCCUCCCAACACACACACACGCACACACGCACACACACACACACACACACACAUAUGCGACUGUUGCAGACACCCCCUGCGCCUGUCCCUGGCUUACCAUAGGCCAGCGGACCCCGAACUCCUGUUGCCUACAACUCUUCUUUCUUUGUUUUCCUUUGCAACCCACCAGACUCCGUGAGGCCUGGUGACCAAGGAACUCACCGUCUGGGGGAGGGAGUUAGGAAGGAGGGUUGGGAAGGCUGGAAACUUGGUUUUGUAGAGAACUAUUUUUGUUUGUAUUCACCGGCCCCUCUCAGGGGGACACGAGCCGGAACAGGUGGUUGAUGGUGUAUAAUCCGCCAGAGUAAAGAGUCUGCUCACUGCUGCCUC